AUGAGUUUUACUGAGGACGUCUACAACAGUGUGGCCUGGGAUACCGGAGCAACCGAUUCUUUGCAACCCGAAGAUCUCUCGGACGAAGAGAUCGUAGCAGGGAGCAUCAGGGAGGCCUCGACAUUCAACAACGUCGACGAGACCAUGUUUUCUAACGCAGAAUCCCUGUACAGACAAAAGAAAUCGGGGGAAGGGGUUCUCGAGAAUUUGGGGGAUGCUCUGCUCAAUGCAUUCUCCAAGCUCAAAAAACCCGACGAAAGAUUUAUAGAGAUGAAAGAAAGCAUUGAUAAACUCGAAGAAAAUUUACAAGCCGUUGAGAGAAUAUAUCAAAAGAUUAUUAAAAGGCAGACAGACCUGGAUUCCGAUUAUAGGGAAUUCGGCACCAGCGUGUCUGGGCUGGGUCAGCUGGAAACGGGAAUCACCACACCUCUGGAAAAAUUUGGCGUCACGACCUCCAAGUUUGCUGAUUCAUGGAAACAGAUGACGGAUCGUGAAGAACAAGGCUAUUUAAACCAAAUUCGAGAUCAUCUUUCCUAUUGUCACAGUGUUAAGAACGUCCUGAAGUUGCGAGAUCAAAAGCAAGUGGAUUUCGAGGAACUUUCGGAAUACCUACAGAAUGCCAUGACCGAACGAGAAAAUCUCCUCAACACCGGAAAAUCGUCCACCGGUAUAUCCUCGUUUUUACGCGAAAAGGUAGAUAAUAUAAAGGGUGUGGAUCAAGAACAAGCAAAGAGAGAACGAUUGCAGAAAUUGGAUGCCAAAAUUGCCGAGCUUAAGAAGGAAGUUGAAAGCAGCAAUGAUGUUGCGAACCAAUUCUCGUCUGAAGUUUCCAAAGAAUACGAAAUAUUCCAAAAUGCCAAAACGAUCGAGUUGAAGGAUUACCUACUUUCUUACACCGAAAGUCACAUCGACUUUUAUCGCCAGGGUAUCAAACUAUGGGAAGAAAUUAUUCCCGUCCUAGAAGACAUCAAAAUUCAAGAAUGA